AUGCAGGCGCCGCUCCCGCGUUCCAUGCGGCCAGGCAUCGUUGUGGUCACGCGGGAUACCCUGCGAGCGCUCGCGCCGGCCGACGCGCAGCUCGUCCGCAAGGCGAUUGACAGCAUCGGCGAGCUCUCGGCAAAGGCGCAGGGCCUUAGCAAGCCAAUCACAUCUCACGCGCAGAUGCUGGCGUGCGACAACCGGCUGUACCUGUCGGUCGGUAAGGACUCCCUGCGCGGCCUCCUCCGCGUGGGCGGCCGCCAGCUCUUUGUGCACCGCAAGCAGAGCUCCGAGUAUGUGCAGACGAGCCCCCUCUGCGUCCUCGACUUUUUCGUGUGCACGGCCCUCCAGCGGGGAGGGGAGGGGAGAGCCCUGUUCGAUUUCAUGUGUCAGCGCGAGGGCACGUGUGCGGCGGCGCUCGGCUACGACCGGCCGUCGCACAAGUUCCUCGCCUUUCUGCGCAAGCACUUUGACCUCGCGAGCUUCAUACCGCAGCUCAACCAUUUCGUGGUUCUUGGGUGCAAAGAGCGCGGCCACAAGUCACAGGGCCCGCUCGUCCAUGCGACCGGCAAAGGCUGGGUCAAAGGGCACAAGGGACAGUACUACGACGCGCUCCAUAGAAUCAUCUUCAACUUCGCCAAAGAGGUCGGCAGCCCGAGCGCCGUCGACCGCACCGACUACGGCACAGCCUCCGGCAGCGCCCGGGGCUUUGUCCAGCACCACUCGCAACAGCUCUCGCGCGCCGCCGUCUGUGGCGACGCGCAAAACAUCAACAACGCUGCUCGCAUCAUGCGUGUCGCGCACUCAAACAAACAAAAGGCUCCAGGCCUCAAAUGA